AUGCCCGGACCCGCUGAUGAGCGCUCCCGCGCCACCCGCGAAACCGACGACUCGCGCCGCCAUCGCGACAGACGGUCUCGUUCACCAGAUCACAAGCGAGGGCGACGAUCAGAAGAUACCCAACAUGAAAGGAGAGGCCCAAGAGAGCACAAGUCUGAUGGAAAACCUUCAACAGGGCGGAUACGCUCGCCACGCAGGCACCAUGAGCACCACCGGCGCAGGGAGCGCGACUCGCCGGCGCCACCGCCGGCGACACUACCAUUUGAUGCACGGCCACUGACCAAGGGCGAUCUACGCAAGUUUGAACCCCUGCUGGCUUCUUACCUGGAUCUGCAGAAGCAAAAGUAUAUCGAAGACAUGGAUGACCGCGAAGUCAGGGGCCGCUGGAAGAGCUUCAUCGGAAAAUGGAACAGGGGUGAGCUGGCAGAGGGCUGGUAUGACCCGGACAUGUUUCAGAGAAUUGUGGCAUCGCACUCAGCAGAUGACGCAGAGCGCGCAAGCCGGCCUGAGCCGGCGAGGCAAGACCGACGACACUCACCAGUGGAAGAGCGGCGCCUGGACGAUACUGCUGCUCAUGACAAUGACGACUCCGACUCCGACUACGGGCCGACGCUGCCUUCCUCCUCUCGUGGCGGCACGCGGAUGGGCGUCGCCAUACCAUCCAAAGACGACCUCGCCCUGCGCGACGAGCUGCGCGCCGAGGACCGGGACGCCGCCCGCGACGACCUGCGGGCCGACCGCCGCGCCGACCGCAAGCGGCAAAAGGAGCAGCUGGACGAGCUCGUGCCGCGCGCCGAGGCGGGCACGCGCGAGCGCAAGCUGGAGAAGAAGCGCGAGGUCAACGACAAGAUGCGGCAGUUCCGCGAGGGCAGCCCGGGCGGGUCGAUGGCGGCGGCGCACGACAGCGAGCUGAUGGGCGGCGGCGACUCGGUGGCGGAGCUGCGGCAGCGCAAGGAGGAGGACCGGCGGCGCAAGACGGAGCGCGAGAUUCGCCGCGAGGAGCUGCAGCGGGCCAAGCAGGAAGAGAUUGAGGAGAAGCGGCGCAAGUGGCAGGAGCGCGAGCAGGGCACGAUGAGUAUGCUGCAGGAACUGGCGAGACAGCGGUUCGGACCGGGGAGCUGA